CUGAACUUUUAUCUCACGUAUUGCUCGACCGUGUGUUAGUUAUAACAGAACGUCGGUCAGGAAAGGACCUAUAUCCGCUAGGAUCCACUUCUUCUAAAUUGUGCCUUCCGUAUAAACCUAAGUCAACAUGAAACGAAGCUACAGUGAUGUGGAAAGCGAUGGUGAUGAUGUAUUUGAUGACGAUUCAUUAAAAGCAGGAUCGCCCUCAGGACAGAGUUGUCAAGUAACAGAUAGAAAGAAAAGACGAGGGAUUAUUGAAAAAAGACGACGAGACAGAAUUAAUUCCAGUUUAACCGAAUUACGUCGAUUAGUUCCCUCUGCUUUUGAAAAACAGGGGUCAGCCAAAUUAGAAAAGGCAGAGAUACUACAGAUGGCGGUGGAUCAUUUGAAAAUGCUGCAUCAAAAAGGCAUUAAUUCAUACAACUUUGAUCCCCACGCACUGGCUACAGAUUACAGAAGUGUUGGAUACAGAGAAUGCGCUGCCGAAGUAGCCCGAUACCUGGUUGCCGUCGAGGGACUGGAUAUACAAGACCCUCUCCGUAUGCGAUUAUUGAGUCAUCUACAGUGUUAUUCGGCACAGCGAGAAGCAGCCAAAGCGGCAAUGCCAAAUUCAAGCUGGCCGCCCAUGUCUUAUGGAGGAUAUAAUUCACAGUAUAGUGGUUCGGCAAUCCCGCCAAUGGGUGGUGUUUUACAAUCCCAGCAUACAUCUCAACAAGAACACGUUAUGACGUCACAACCCCAAACCGGAGUGCCUUCAACAGCUUCGUUCGUAGAUACCAGACUUAACCAAUCCGAUUCCUCGUUACAUUCACACAUGCGUCUCCAGUCUUCCGGAUCUCACGUGUCUUCAAUGAACGGAAGUGCGUCACAAGUUUCACAGAUCUCGCCACCCCUUCUGUCUUCCUUCCCACAACUACAUUCCCAGUUUCCCGUCUCUCUCACAGCUAACUCUGUCAUGGCCCAGAACAUGCCACCUAUUUAUAAUCCUUCCACCACAACAGCCGGAAACCAUAACGGAGUGAAACCAUACAGACCGUGGGGUGCGGAAUUCGCCUACUAAUAACUCUGUUAUUAAAAGUACAUUUUAAGUCUUUCUGCUGAUAAACACAAUGGUUUCCGAUUGCCGUCGUCAGGCAUAAUGCCUUAGUUACAUUCGUGUCUUAAAGAACUUAAACGGUUGUAAAUAAGAUUUAUAUUUAUUUAUCACGUGACUUCAGCCUCGGCUCCAUUGUGUGGCCGAAGCUACGCAAUAUACCUACUGUAUUAUAGAGAGGAAUGGACUCAAAAUGACGUCAUCGUUAUUGUAUGUGUAUAAUAUCCACGCCUAUUUGACAAUGUGUUUAGUGCUGAUUUCCGAUGAUGAAUUUAUGCCAAGAUCGGAAUAACAUCUCAUAGACUUCUAUUAUCAAUCUUGAACCAAGAACUAUUUAAAGAUUGUGAGAUGGCCAUUUGUCGACCCGUGGCCAGUUUAACGACGAAUUCGUUGUAUUUGUAUAAUAGACCACCAGAACGGUAUAUUAGCCUUGUCACAAACUAAGCCUUAACUAUUCUGAUAGCCUGUAUUAAUGUCUUCUAUCAUUUCAACAACAACGAUAGUAAUAAUAAUAAUAAUUUUUUUUAAAACUCUACAACUUUACAAAAUAUUUAAGCUGUUGAUUGUUAUCUGCAUUAUUCGGACAAUAUCUAAGUUUUCCCACAUUAAUCCUACGUCACAACCCGCCAUACGGGCAACUACGGACAGUUUUCACACUCACGGGUAGUCCGAUUUGGUGAAAAUGUUGCAUGUGCAGGACCAAAAGUCUCUACGGCCAGUCUGCGAUCUUCUACGGUGCCGAACCCACCCAAUUGACGCGUAAGUCUCACGCACGGUGCGGUUUGCCCAAAUUUCCCGCGUAGACUGCCCGUAGUAGCACGUACGGCGUGUUGUGAGCUUGGCUUUAGGAUCAUGGUUGUAGAUUUCAAGGGAAUUCCCCAUUCCCCCCAAGUCCUUUAUACGACGACCAGCAGCGUUAAUAAAAUGUUAAUAAACAAGUAGUUACUUACCUUGUGCCUUUUUAAAAGUAUAUUCCCUUAAGAUAAACGCUUCCAUUUCACUUCUAUAGUUUUAUAACACUUUGUAAUUAUAUAAAAAAAAAUUACAACGAAAAUAUUUUCUUACACCUUUUAAAUGUAUGCUUAUAUUUUAGAAAUUUUCUAUAUACUUCAAAUGGAUGCUUGUGUUAUACAUAAUUGUUGUUAUAACAAAACCCAAUUAAAUCUAUGCAAUAUUUUAUGAAUUUAUUUAUUUAUUUAUUAAUUAAUUUAUUUAUGCGUUUUAUUUAUUUUACUGUCAAGUGCUUCAUUUACAUGAUUUGUUUCAUUUUCUGUUCAGUUUGUUUUUGUGCAAUAUUAACAUUUUGUUAGAUUCGUUAAUUAAGCUAAAAUAAAUAAAGGCUAUGAUUUAUAUUUCCUAAAUAAUGUUCUUACCAUUUUCUCUGUUUAAAACACCGAAUGUAGAGGCAAUGUAUCCCUUUUAUUUAACAUUUCGGCUAUUUAAAAUUGGGAACACAAUUUAAAAUGUAUUAAAUAAAUCAAUUAUCUUUCUCUUUAAAUUGAUUGUUUGAUUUUUGUGUUUAAAACACCUGGAAUAGAUGCGUUGCGUCUUCAAAAUUUAACAUUUCGCCUCUUAUAAAAGGGUAACACACCUUAAAAUUUAGAAAAUAUAUUCAUAUGACACGUACGGAUAUCGUCGUUUUUAACUUGAUUGUUGUAUACGCUUCCUUAUGUUCUUGAACACCGGAAGUAGACACAUUGCAUCUUCUACAUAGAUCAUUUUAGCCAUUUAAAAAAUGGGUAACAUCCUUCUAAAUUUUAUAAAGUUCUCUGAAAAGUACAAUUGCCUUUCAUUUUUAAUUCUUGCCUGUAUACUCUUCCUAAAUAAGCUUCUUGAAAACCAGAAAUAGACCACUGCAGUCUAUAUUUCACGGCUACUGGUUAGGAAAAAUGGCGGAUACACCAUGGUUAGAUAUGAAUUUAAUCGACAAAAUGGUGGAUACACCUUGCUUAGACAUGAAUUUAAUCGACGAAGCUUACUUCUUCAUUCCUAAUAUCAAUCAACGACAUUUGGUUUUAAACCAGUAAAAUUAAGUUUUGAUUUGUUUUUGUUGAAAUUGUAUUUUAUUUAAGUAUAAGUGUGUUUUGUGUUCGAUCUAUUUAUUUUUGUCGUCAAUUUUUAUUGAAAAUCUGUUUAAAACAUUGAAAAAAUGUAUAAAAAAU